AUGUCUAAGCCUGCUGUUGGUUUCGUCGGCCUAGGAGCCAUGGGCUUUGGCAUGGCCACCCACCUGGUGAAGCAGGGCUACCCCGUUCACGGCUUCGAUGUCUUCCCCGCUUCGAUUGAUCGUUUCAAGACUGCCGGUGGAAUUCCGGCUUCAUCGCUGCAGGAUUCUGCAAAAGAUAAGGAAUACUAUGUCUGCAUGGUCGCCUCAGCGCCACAGGCACAGUCCGUUCUCUUUGGCGAGAAUGGUAUUGUUGCUGUUCUUCCCCAAAAUGCCACCCUUCUCCUCUGCUCCACUGUUCCAGCUUCAUACGCCCAGUCUGUCGCUACUGAGCUACAGUCGAUCGGUCGCGGCGACAUCCAGUUUAUUGACGCCCCCGUUUCCGGUGGCGCAAAGCGCGCUGCGGAUGGAACUUUGUCAAUUAUGGCCGGUGCAUCGGAUUCUGCUCUAGAGAGCGGCCGAUUUCUACUUCAGGAGAUGUCUGAUUCCGAUAAGCUAUACCUGGUGCCCGGUGGCAUUGGUGCUGGAAGCAACAUGAAGAUGGUCCACCAGGUCCUGGCUGGUAUUCACAUUUUGGGUGCUAGCGAGGCCCAAGGCUUUGCUGCACAGUUGGGAUUGGACGCUGUCAAGACUGCUGAGGCAAUCAAGUCUUCUGCCUCUCAUACCUGGAUGCAUGAGAACCGUUUACAGCGUAUGCUGGAGGAGGACUGGUACCCUGGUGCUAGUGCUCUGACUAUUAUCUUGAAGGAUGUGGGCAUCAUCACCACUUCUGCCCGCCAGAACAAAUUUCCUACCCCCCUCUGCACAACUGCGGAGCAAGUCUAUCUUUCUGCUUUGUUGCAGGACUAUGGCCCAGUUGAUGACUCCUCGAUGGUCCGCCAAUACUACAAGGAACCCAUUACAAAGGUUUCCUCCACCAAGUCUGCCGAGGAGACAGCUGAGGCUUUGCAGUUGGUCCUCGAUGUAAUGGAGUUGACUAACCUUGUCGCCGCUGCCGAAGCCAUUGGAUUUGCACGUCACCUUAACGUUGAACUCAAGCAGUUCUUUACCCUUGUUAGUGAUGCCGCUGGCGCCAGUCGUCAAUUUAUGACCAAGGGCCUGGAAAUGAUUGAGGACAAGGUCGGGCAGAACUCCGAAUCUCUUGAUGACGCUAUCGCUCGCUUGGAGAAGGGUGUACAAAAGGCCAGAGAUCUUCACUGCCCGCUAUACCUAGGAAAUGCGGCGUUGAAUCAGCUUUUUAUGGCGAAGAGGCACGGUCUCGGUGCUAUGGGUAGCACCAUUGUGAUCAAGACUUUUGGCAAAUAG